AUGCGUCUCACUACAUCAAUCGCCUCUGUGCUCGCUGCUGCUUUCACCCUUGCCGCAGCGCUGCCCACUCGUCAAGACAUCGAUACAAAGCGGUCACCCUCCGUAGAAACUGCCGGCGCCUCAGGAGCUGAUGAUGACGACGCAAUCGCCUACGCCUGGUUCGCCGAGGAUGAUCAAGACACACCCGCUUCAACGGCUCCGGGACAGCGAGCUCGCGCCGUAGAAGCUUCUGGAGCUUCUGGAGUGGACGAUGACGAUGCCAUUGCUUAUGCCUGGUUUGCGGACGACGAGGAUAGCGGUGCCGUGAAGAGGGGAGACAAUGUUGCGCGAGGAGCAGUGGUGGAAGGUGCUGGGGCCUCAGGGGUAGAUGACGAUGAUGCCAUUGCUUAUGCGUGGUUCGCUGAGGAUGAGGAGUAG